AGCAUAUUACGCAAGGCUCUUAAGGCAGAGAAAAAGCGAAACCUCUUACUUGCGGCUAAGCUGAAUUACCAAAAUAAAGCUAGAGCAAGACAUUUACGAGAAAUUAAGCAGUUCAAAGAAGACAUUGUCAAAGAGGCAAUUCAUUCAACGGCGAUCGAUAUGCAAAAUCGUGAAAACACCACGCUCUCUUCUUCCAUGAACACACUUUCGGCUGUUUCUAUAAAUAUUCCAGAGUGUAAACCAAUCACUAAUACGGAAGAAAUCGACCGCAAAUCCUUCAAAAUUUGGAAAGAUUUGUUAGAAGCAUCAAUGGACCUUGCCGGUAUUACUGAUGAGUAUACCAAAAACAAUGUUUUUAAAGUAAAGGCAGGACCUAUGCUGCUAGAGGUCCUAGACUCGACUCCAAUACAGCCAUUAUCUGAGACAUCAAACGCCCCAUAUUCAAACGCUAUGAAGCGGCUGAACGAUUUUUCGGUUCUCGAGAAUAUCGCUUGGUACAGCGGCAAAAGUUAAGGUCAUUGACGCAGGACACGGAGGAGUCGGAUUUAAAAUAUCUUAAGCGAGUGAUAGCUACAGCUAAAUUGUGCGAUUUUGACGAAGAAAAACUCAUGGAAGGUGUGACAGAAGUUAUACAACUACAUGCGCUCAACGCCAAAGUGCGAGAAGCAGGUAGAAAGAUUCUUCGCAAAGGAGGUACCCUAUCUGCUCUGGUGGACAAAAUUCGAGGAUACGAAGCGGAUAAGACAAACGAGGAAAUUUUCAAGAAGACACAUCAGACAGCAUCAGAUUUCAGAAUAGCGGCGGUUGCACGAAGCGGAGCUGAAUCAAAUUCCGCUGCUGGAUCCGCAACGGUACCGCGGGAAAGGAACUUUGAUUACCAAGGUCAAUCCAGCUGGAGAAAUUUUGGGAAUCCCAGCAGUAAAUAUGGACGAAAUAAUUCAAGAUUCGAUAAUAAGUUCGCACCCUGCUGGAGAUGCUCUAGUAUAUUUCAUGUACCAUCAAAGUGUCAUGCAGCAAAUAAGGUCUGCCGAAACUGUAAGAAAACAGGUCACAUUGAACGCGCUUGCCGACAAAUACCGACACCAUCAAACACACUAAAACAUCGGAUCAGCCGGGACGAUGAAAGAUCCGUAAAUACAAAGAAAAUCGCCACAGUGACUAAAGAUGAGGAGCAAAAGGAAGACAUGAACGUCAUUAACGAACGGAUCUCGAUUGAAAUAAACGAGUUACACGACUUGGAUAUCCAAAGAGGAUGUAUCUUCGGACGCAUUGCAAAUAACAUUUCCGUGUUAUUUUUGAUAGAUUCCGGAGCGGACGUCAAUACCGUGGACGAGGACACUUUUGAUAAGUUGCGUAAGAAUGAACAAUCCAGAGAGCAACUUUAUUGCGUUUCGAAUGGUACAGAUAAACCACUGCGUGCGUACGCCAGUCCGGGCGAGAUCAAAGUCGUAGGCACUUUUGUGGCAGAAUUAUACAUUUCAGAGAAUUUUGAAAAAGUUUACGUUAUUAGAGGAGCUAAACCACUGUUGGGUAGAGAAACAUCUCUGAGAUACAGUGUUUUACAGAUAGGGCUCGACGUGAAAAUUAACUGUGCAAUUACUGGCAAAUAUCACCCCGUUAAAUUCCCAGGUGAAAUUCUCGCCGUAACAGUGGAAGACAAAUUCCCUAAACUUAAUAUCCCUCCGGUUGUCUUAUCUUACAACAUCACCAAACCACCAUCACGUCGAAUAUUUACUAAUAUCCCAUUACCAUUUCGCGAGGAGACCCAACGUAGACUACAAAACCUUUUAGCAACUGGAAUUAUAGAGGUUGUCACAGACUUCCUUUUUCACAGAUAGAUCCUUUUGCUCGUCAUUACUGGUCGUUCCAAAAGAAAAAGACGAUAUCCGCUUAGUAGUAGACCUAAGAGGGCCCAACAAAUGCAUUAUACGCACACCAUUCAGGAUGCCAACUUUGAAGGAGAUUCUCUCCGACCUUCACGGCGCCAAAUGGUUCUCCACUAUCGACCUUACUAGUGCAUUUUUUCAUAUAGAAAUAGCGGAACAAUCUCGGCAUCUGACCAAUUUUUUUGGAGGAAACGCAACGUAUCGUUUUAAACGACUACCGUUUGGCCUUUGCAAUGCUCCAGACAUAUUUCAAGAGACAUUACAAACUAAGGUAUUAUCCGGGUGUCAUGGCCAAAAAUAUUACUUAGACGACAUUUUAGUACACGGGCAUACAAAAGAGGAACACGAUAGAAAUCUUAAAGCGG